UUGAUUCGUAACCGAUUCCAACUUCAACACCCAACAAACCCGGCGGCCGCGAACAAAUCUCUCGCGCUCCUCCUCCUCUGCCGCCGCGGAACAACAAGAAGAAGAAUCAUGGUCGAGCAUAUGGAUUGGCAGCCGGUGACCACCCUCGGCCCCAAUUUCUCGCCGGAGCUGCAUAGCCUGCUCCUCUCCGACCACCGCGCGUCCUUGCUCUCCCUCCUCCGCCGCCAGGACGACGAGCUCCGGACCAAGAUCAAGAACCACCUCCUCGCGCUCGGAUGGACCAUCGCCUCCAAGCCCAAGCCCCCUGGCCUUGCGCCCAGGCUCCGCUACGUCUCCCCCGCCGGAACCAAGUCCUACUACUCCCUCCGCCGCCUCAUCCAGACCAUCCACCUCCACCACCAUCCUACCCAAUCCCAAUCCCAAUCUCAAUCUGAUUCUUGCGGUUGCGGAGAUACCCCUCUUCUUCUUGAGGAAUCUGAUGACGACCAAUACCAAGAACAACAAGAAGAUGAUGCCAUCGCGGGGUACGUUGCCUUCAUGGAGGAGCAGAAUGCCAGGCGCGACCGCGGGCAGGGAAAUGAUGAGGAGCAGAGGUCCAUGGCCAAGGAGCUUCGGAUCAAGGCUAAGGAUCAGCUCAGGUCGUCGGGAUGGACAUUCUCCAUGAAGGUCAAGUACAACGGCCGCGAGGAGCUGCGCUACACAGAGCCUCGUGGCCGCUCCCACAUCUCCCUCAUCACCGCCUGCAAGGCCUACCUUCUUCACCACACGCCGUCGACGACAAUGGCUUCAUGCAGCAACAACAACAACAAGAGACCAGCGCCACCCGCUGCCUGCAAGACUGCCACUUCUAGCAAGAAGAACAAGAAGAAGAAGGCGAGCCUGCAGCAGGCGCGCGUUCUGCGUCCACAGCCAAGAAACGAGGAGGGGAAUGCGCUGACGACGGCGCGCGCGAGGACGCUGCUGUCAUUGCUGAUCGACAAGAAGAUCCUGGCGCCGAGGGACCAGCUCAUCUACACCACGAAGCGAGGGCUCAUCACCGGAGACGGCAUGGUGAAAUGCAUGUGCGGCGGCUGCAUCAACAACAACAACAAGAGGAGGGUAGCAGAGUACACGGUGGCCGAGUUCGCGGUGCACGGCGACGGCGAUGUCGCCUCUUCCUCGUCACGGCAGCCUUGGGCGCGCAUGUUUGUGGGUGACGGCAGGUCACUGUCGCAGUGCCUGGUGCAGCUGAUGAUGGCGGACGACGAGGCGGGCUCCGGCAGGAAGAAGAAGAAGAAGAAGUAUUUGCCGUAUGUGUGGCGUGGUGCAAGGGUGAAGCGGAAAUGGGAGGAGGACGACGACUACGUGUGCUCCGUGUGCCACGACUGCGGCGAGCUGCUCAUGUGCGACCGCUGUCCGUCCAUGUUCCACCAUGCCUGCGUGGGUUUGGAGUCCACUCCGCAGGGCGACUGGUUCUGCCCGGCCUGCACCUGCGCCAUCUGCGGCUCCAGCGACUUGGACGAUCCACCAGCUACCACCACCACCCAAGGAUUCAGCAGCGACAGGAUGGUCAUCUCCUGCGAGCAGUGCCGACGAGAGUAUCAUGUUGGGUGCAUGCGAGAGAGAGACAAUGGGUUGUGGUAUCCAGAGGCGGAUGGAGAGGGGCCAUGGUUGUGCAGUGAGGCCUGCUCAAAGAUAUACCUGCGCCUCGAGGAGCUCGCUGUCGUCCAAGCCCCUUGUCGUUCAGUUGCUUCGGGCUUGUCAUUGGUGGUGUUGAGACGCGGUGCAGCGAGAGACGGAGAGGAGGAGGAGCACGCCAAGCUGUGCAUGGCCUUGGAUGUGCUCCGCGAGUGUUUCGUCACCCUCAUCGAGCCUCGCACGCAGACCGACCUCACUGCCGACAUCGUCUUCAACACAGAAUCGGAGCUGAGACGGCUAGAUUUCCGGGGGUUUUACGUGGUAGGACUGGAGAAAGCCGGCGAGCUUAUAGCCGUGGCUACACUGAGAGUGUAUGGAGAGGAAGUUGCAGAAGUGCCGCUGGUAGGGACUAGAUUCGCGCGUCGUCGGCAAGGGAUGUGCCGCCUUCUCAUGGAUGAGAUACAAAAGUUGCUUGGUGAGAUGGGGGUGGAGAGGCUUGUGCUGCCGGCGGUGCCGGAGAUGGUGGCGACAUGGACGGGACCAUCAUUUGGGUUCAGAGAGAUGGGGCAGGCUGACAGGCAGGAUGUAGCACACCAUGCCAUCCUCCGCUUCCAGGGAACCAUCAUGUGCCACAAGCAGCUACCUCCUCAACCUCAACCUCAACCUCAACUUGGGCACACAACGACGACCCCAGCAGGAAGAAUUCCAAGUCCAAUACCAUUGUAAGCUGAGCUGAUGCGUGUCUCUUCCUGCUCGACCAUUCCAUGUUUUGCCUUGUAUUGUUGUAUUGGCUGCAUCAAGGAAGGGAGGAAAGAGGGUGAGGCAGUGCUCCUGC